AUGGAUUCAAACUUUCAAGCACAUGGCUUUUCAGAAUUCCAAGACGACAAUGAAUUCUUUGAUACACAACAUGAAUUUGAUCAAGCUCUAAUGGCUAAUGUCAAUUCUGAUAUGAUGUAUUCAGAUUUUCAAGAUUCAUCACCUCAAGGAAAUGAGCAAUCACAAUCCCAAUUUCAUUCCCAAUUACAACAACAUAAUGACAACACUCAAAAAAGAACAAGAGCUUCUGGUGAAGUAUUGGCUUUAUUGGUAAAUGAGUUCAAUAUAAAUGCAAAUCCAAACGCACAGACGAGGAAAAGAAUUAGUGAACAAACUGGUAUGCCUGAAAGAAGUGUUCGUAUAUGGUUCCAAAAUAGAAGAGCUAAAUCUAGAAAACUUGAAAAAUUACAACACACAGAGAAGGAAGAUCCAUAUACUUUUGGUGUGGGGAGUUAUGUAUCAUCUGCUACAAGGUAUGAUAAUAUACCAUUGACAUUAAACAACAAUUAUUUCUUUAUGGACGCUAAAUCACUUACUGUUGGGAGUUGGAAGCGUAUCAAAAGCGGGAACUUGUCCCAUGAUAACAUAUUUAGUGUGAAGAAUUUAUCGAAUUUAUCCCCAUUCUCUAUCAAUGAAAUCAUGAAUAAUACUACAGAUUUGAUGAUUAUAAUAUCAAGAAAAAACUUUGAAAUAAACUAUUUUUUUAGUGCUAUAACGGAUACUUCAAAAAUUUUAUUUAGAAUAUUUUAUCCAAUUUCAUUAAUUAACAAUUGCUCAAUAAGUAUCACUGCAGAUGGUGAUGACUCCAAUAAAAGUCUUUGUGAACUCAAGUUGAUACUAAACAAACCACCAAAAUUUGCUGUUUAUUUCUCACAAACAAUGGCACAAAAUAUAAAUCAAUGGUCAAUUUGUGAUGAUUUUAGUGAGGGUCAUCAAGUAAAUGAUGCAUUUGUUGGUGGAUCUGGAUUACCUCAUGUUUUCACUGGAUCUGAACAAUCUUUGAAAUUUAUGAAUUCAUUUAUACUGGAUUAUAAUAGUACAAAUAUUCCACAACAAGAAUUUUCGUUACCUCAAAGACUGGGUUCACAAUCACCAACAACCGUUGUCAAUAACUAUCCAAAUCCACAGCCACCUCAACAAUUGAAUGAAAACAAUAAAGCUCAAAACCAAAACCAAAAUAAUGAGAUAUCAUCAUUUGAGUUCAAUAAUAAUCCUUUACUUCAACAUUUUGUACAAGAUCCAAAUUUUGUAAAUGAUCCAAAUGAUGGAUUUAAUGACUUUUUAAAGGAAGAAAGUACUGCAGGGACACCAUUAGAUUUAAAUGAUGGUAAUCAUUUCAAUAAUGGAAGUGAACCACCUGAAAAUCAUCCAUUUUAA